CGAAUUUUGGCGGACGCGUGUGGUGCUGGUAUAAAGGCCGGUCUGCGCUUCGCUGUUCCCCCAGGCUCGAGGUUCCCCCGUCUUGCUCUUAGGCUCCCUGCCACCGCCAUGCGUUCCUUCCACCACGCUCUCUCUUUUUCUCUCGUAGCACUGUCGCUCUUUCAGCUUUCGGACGCGUACGCCGUCGACGCGCGUGCGGGCAGCAACGCCCAGCGUUUGGCCCGCGGCCUGCCCCCCGUCUAUCCCAAGAGGCUCUUUGACGUUCAUCACAGGGCCGCGCGUGACGGCGUUCCUUCCGCACUUCCGACGUCCGCGACGAACCCCGCGACGACCACGAGCGCGGCGAGCAGCACCUCAGACACGUCGUCCCCGACCCUGUCGUCCUCGUCCUUCACGUCCACGUCCGGCUCUACCUCUUCGUCGAGCUCCAACCCUUCUUCCAGCUCGAGCUCUUCUAGCUCCUCAGUUUCUAGCAGUUCAUCCUCUUCGUCGAGCUCUUCCUCCUCUUCAAGCUCCUCCUCAACUUCCACCACGCCUACUCCCACACUUCCUGCCCCCGGCUCGACUCAAACUGGCGUACUUGGUGUAUAUGCCGCCUCGACGGAUCCUACAAAGCGUGACGCUGAGCCACUUGGAUAUCUCGGUGCCUACGGCUUGACCACGACUCUCGGAGACGGCUCCUCGGCAUCCGAUGCCUGGCGCUACACCUACGUCGAGCCGAGCCCGCUGGAUGCCGUCGUCGAGCUGGGACACCCGGGCACGCCGUACCGCCUGACUGGUGUCGCCAUCCGGAGUGGGCCGCAGGUUACGCUGGGACCUGGCAACCAGAUCUACCUAGAGCUACAGAACUCGCGUGCCCACACUCCCGCUGGUAGCGCGUCGUCCACCUACGUCUACGAUACGUACGCCAUUGGAUACGUCCAAACCACUAUCUUUAGCAUUGAUCCUGCAAGUGGGAAGAUGACCGUCAAGUGGGUUAAUCCCGAUGGCUCAACUCCCACGACCUACCUAGCGAUGUCCGGUAUGAACAUCUAUGUCACCGGCGAUUUGAGCGCUCUUGCCAGUCAGCUUGGCACGACGCCCACUCCGGUGAACAUUUACGUCAGCCUCUCGCAUUGAUUGACUUGAAGCCGGAUCUCAGUACUAGGAAAUUUGGCGGCAGGCUAGCAGGUUUUUGCCAGGCUUUCUGGCAGACAACAGUUGAAGGUGUCCUUUUUGAAACCACACUGCAAUGCUUGGUACUACCUGCCCUGUAGGGUUGCCGUACCGUCAUUAUUAUCGUGGAUCUCUAUCCUCGUCCCUAUCCAUAGACUAUGAUAUCUAUAUAGCUCUUAUACAAUACAUAUCUG